AAUAUUGCACGUUUGAACGUGUCCUCUCGCACAACCCCUUUAGGAUCCGUAAAGUGUGUAGCUAGCAUAGUCAGCCCAUGCAGGCUGAAGGAUGAAUGGUCCUGGAUGCUUCUGAUGCCGUUAGGGGGGUGAUCAGGCGAUCUUGUUUUUUGGUGUUUUUUUGCGGAUAAGGAUCUCAUCCUCAGCCGCACUUGGCGAUGCAGCCGGGGGCAGUGUCAGUCGCACGAUAUUUUUAGGCGAAAGUGGCGCACCGCUUCCCCUUCUUACCCUAAAAGAGUCCAGAAACACCCACCAUGUCUGCAAAAGACAGACGGAAAGGAAAGUUGACUAAAGAUAGCGUUACCUUGCUGCCCUGCUUCUAUUUCGUUGAGCUCCCCAUCUUGGCCUCGUCUGUGGUCAGUCUGUACUUCCUGGAGCUGACGGACAUGUUCAAACCCGUGCUCUCGGGGUACACCUGCUACGACCGGAGCCUGAGCCUGCCCUACGUGGAGCCCACGCGGGAAAUCGUCCCUUUGCUCAUGCUGCUCAGCCUGGCCUUCGCCGGACCCACCGCCACGAUAAUGAUCGGGGAGGGAAUUCUCUACUGCUGCUUGAUAAAAAGGGGGCACGUUGCCGGUACAGAGCUGAACAUCAACGCCGCAGGCUGCAACUUCAACUCGUACAUUCGCCGAGCUGUCAGGUUUGUGGGUGUUCACGUGUUCGGCCUCUGCGCCACCGCCCUUGUGACUGACAUCAUCCAGCUGUCGACCGGCUACCACGCGCCGUACUUCCUGACUGUCUGCAAGCCCAACUACACCACGCUGAGCACAUCGUGCGAGGAGAACUCCUUCAUCCUGCAGGACAUCUGCUCCGGGACUGACCCGUCCGUCAUUAACGCCGGCAGGAAAUCCUUCCCAUCCCAGCAUGCCACACUGGCAGCCUUCGCCGCUGUGUAUGUUUCGAUGUAUUUCAAUGCGACACUAACCGACUCCUCGAGGCUCUUGAAACCAGCGCUGGUCUUCUCUUUCGUCAUGUCCGCCAUCAUCUGUGGACUGACACGGAUCACUCAGUACAAGAACCACGCCGUUGAUGUCUACCUCGGCUUCUUCAUCGGAGGGGGGAUGGCCGUCUACCUGGGGCUUUACGCUGUCGGCAACUUCCAGCCCAGUGAGGAGCUCUCGAGCCGGCCGACACAACCUCGUGACGUCCAGCAGCCCCCGACGGACCAUCGGCAAGAAUCGGUCCGCCAUUUGUCGAUCAAGAGCAAUUCUAACAUCAACGGUAAUCCUCCGCGGCCCGAGAGCCUCAUCAGUCGCAACCAGCGCAACACCAGCUCCCUCACCAACCUGAAAAGAGCCACCGCCAACGUGGAGGUCAUCACCCCGAGGGUCCCUAUGGGCAAAGAGAGCAUGGUAACCUUCAACACCCUCCCUAGGGUCCACACAUCAGCCUUGGAGGACCCGACCCGACGCAAUGCCACCAUGCACGCCACCAUGGACCCCAACCAGUCCAAACAGCUGCUCUCGCAGUGGAAGAGCAAGAACGACUCCUGCAACUUAUCCCUGCAGGUGAUAGAGACGGAAGUCAGCCGCUCCCCACAGGGGUCCAUGGAGAUGAGGUGCAACUCUGAGCCAGCAGGUGUGGGCAUCAACGGAGACCACCAGGGUCCUGCCAGCCAAUACAUGAAACUGGCAACCAGCAGCAGCAGCGGCAUCGCCGGAGGCACCAGGGUGUCCAUGCCAUCCCGUCCCAGCUCGACCCAGCUGGUCCACAUCCCCGAGGAGACCCAGGAGAGCGUCAGCACGUCCCCAAAGAACAGUUCCACCCGCUCCAAGUGGCUUAGCAUGGCUGAAAAGAGUGUGGCCUGCAGCCAGCCGAGGAUCAUGCAGGUCAUCGCCCUGUCCAAGCAGCAAGGUCUCCUCCAGGGAAGUCCCAAGAGCUCCAGCGGCAGCACAGUCAGCUGCACUGGAUCCAUACGCUACAAGACACUGACGGACCAGGAGCCGGUAAAUAUUGUGAGAGUAGAGGCCCACCCAGAAAACAACAGGUCGGUGGUACAGGGCCCGACGCCUAAUGGAGACGGCUCUUGGAAGUGGAACUCACAGGAGAGGGUCAGCCCAAGGCAGUCAUACGAGAUCAACAACCUGAACAGAGGCUCGGAAAGCUCAGGUUCCCCGAAGAAUGGCAACCAGCAUCUCCACCACCAGGCCGUCACCACCAUCCGCGUGACCCCAGUGGAGGGGGCAGAGGGGAACUCCGAGACUCUUUCUAUUGCUUCCAGCCAGGACUCAACCCUCAGGAGAAAAGGGAACGUCAUCCUCAUCCCCGAGAGAGGCAGCAGUCCUGACAACACCAGGACCAUCUUUUAUAAAGGAACCUCGCAGAGUCAGGCUUUUGGUCGGUGAUCUCUCUCUGCAUCAGUGGGCCCCGGCAUAACAUUUAUAUGUGGUCUUGGGUACUCUCACGUCCACCACGGUAUUACGUACAAUCAAGCCAGUACCAGAUGGACUCAAGGCUCACUUGUGCAUGAUGAUCUUUGAUGUGUAUAUUAAUGCAGCAUCGCAAUCCUGGUGCUGUGGUGAACUUGUCAGCUAGCUAACUUCUUUUACACAUCAUGUACAUGUGAUUUUGCAAAAACCAUUGAAGCUAUUUCAGUUGUAACAAAAUUCCAUUUUUGUUCAACUUUGCGUUGUUUUUCUUUAAGGUUUUACCAGUUUUUUUUCUCGUUUUGUCAGACUGUAGACCUUUUAGUGAUCCUUCCAGCUAUUAUUAGGUAUCAACCAAUCUGUGAUAACGCUCGAUAUAUUUAUAUGGAUAUGUAUUCAGAAUGAGAGAAACAGAGCUAUUGCAUGGAAGACCAUAGGAGUUUAUUAUUAAGGAUGUCUGGCAUUGCGCUGGUAACCUUCAUUGUACUUUCUGCUGUAGACAUUGUAAUACACCCGCAGUGCGGAAGCACUGAAUUCUGGGAGGCCAGCAUGUCCAGAUGGACUCAGGUGCCAGGUAAAGAGAGCCCCUGUCCAAUAGAAUGAAAGGACACGUGUACAUUGAGAAGUCUCGGGGGUAAUGCUAUUUUUAUGUUGAAUGUCACACUAAAUACUUUUUUGUCAGUGACGGAUAAACUGAGAGCAUAGUGUGUGCGCAUCCGCUUUCAAAUGAAAUAACCUCACCAUUAAAUCUCCACAAGAUUCAUACACAGUUUCCUGGCUUGGCUUCUAACAAGAACCACUUUUUUCAAACAUGUCAUGUCUUUUAUACAGUUUAAAUUUAAGAUAAAUGUCAUUUCUUGCAUAAAAACAUAAAAUCACCUUAAAUUUGUAAUAUAAAAUGCUUCAAAAAAAGGUGUUUGUAUAAAGCCAUUUCACAGAUUGUUUUAAAUACAAUGUAAGACUUUUUACCAAGUGUAUUCAUCGGGAUGCUCUCUUAAAUUAAAUUUCAUCCAAAUAGAGGCAAAUUUCAUGUGUUCCAAAAUAUAUAUUUCUAAAAAAUAACCGUACGGGUUGUUACAUACGCCUAUGGUUGGCUUUUGUUGUGUCCUUUUCACAUUAAUUAUCCUCUAAAUUGUUAAUUAAUGUGCCUGCCGCACUCUGUUGACUUUUGAGAGGAGGGUGUAUAAUGACGGUUUCUCCUCCCCACUUCGCUCAUUUCCUGUUCCUCCCUUUAUGUCGGUACGUUUUCUGCAGGAACCUAGUGCCUCAUUUAGCACUGGGCUUUUGGUGAAAUUCCAAACGAAAAAUGUAAGUAUUUAGUAUGCUUCAUUUGAUCAGUCUAAGUUAAUUCAGCUAAGAUGAGUUAACAUCCGUAAGCUUAUAUAUUUUAGGCUUUCCUGUAAAAUGUCCGUUCGGCGGACCCACGUGAUUCUGUUCCUAUUCAGGAUGUUCCAGAUCUUAGAGCAGAGAGCUGUGCUAGUUCGCACAGCCCUGUAACACAAAGAUGUGUCCUUGAAGGUGGAUGUUGUUCGGAGAUGAAAAUACUUGUAAGGCAGCUUCCUUCAGGCAUCUUCCUGCUGGUAAAAUGAGAGCAGAGCUGGCCGAGUUCUGCUGGCUCCCGGUGCCGUUUUGGAGGGAAGCCUUCAUCUGUCAUCAGCUUAAAUGGUCACAUGACCACUGUCCCCUUUUUAACACGAGCAAACUGCUCUUAUGCUCCAAAGCAGUCCGCCAGAGGAAAGCACUAAAUAUGGACACCUUUUUUUUCCCAAGCAGUAAGUUCCCAAGCUUGAUGUGUUGUUUAUGCCGAUUAUCUGGUUGAUUGCAUGUAAAUUGGACCAAGAAUUGUCCCGCUGCCGAAAACUGCAUCAACUGAUAUUUCUUUAAUGUUGCUGGAGUAUUAGUCUUUACAAGAAAUGUAGGAGGACUUGAAUGAGUUUAUGUUACCAUUUAACCUGUAUGUUACCAUUUACUGUAUGUUGCACCAAUCCAAAAAUGUACAUAAACAUGACUUAUUUAAAUGAUAGCGUAUUGUUAAUGUAUGUGCCAAAGGGUUUUUAAAUGUUUUUUUAAUAGUGUUUUCCUCCACUUCUACAAAUAUAUAAUAUUUAAACUAUCAAAUAAUUGUCCUUACAUCUCCUCUCCAUACCAGUACUUGUACAAGUCUAUUACUUUAAACACAUUGCAUCACAUAUGGAUACUGGAUUUGACACUAAGUAGCACUGAUAGAGAUUGAGAGAUUGUGAGUGUUACAUUGUGAAUUGUAAGCUAUCUGUCACUGUGUACACUGAGGACUAUGAUGGUCCUCCCACCAAGCACUGUACAAUGUCUGCGGCCCUGUGUCUGUGCGGGAAACAAGGCAUAGCCAGACGACGAGAUGGACUCCUCAAGGGGGUCAGUGAAAAGCACCUCCUCUCAACCCCCUGCCCUAUACAACAGCUUUAGAACAGGUGUAUGAUGUUACUGUGUAUUUUAGGGCUUGCAGACAAA